GCUCACGCCUGAAACAAGACAUAAGUAUCCCGUGCGACUUCAUCUAAAGACAAGAAAAGGAGGAAUUUUCUGUUCUGCAAAAUCGAACAGCUGCAUCAAAAUUUAUUGCGGUUGUGUUUUAACCGAGAAGGGAACUGGUGGUCACAAAUCUUCAUCUCAAUAAUUAUCCGUGUUUGGAAACCCCAUCGUUACCGCGACAGCAGAAUGAAGAAGCUUUCUAACAGCUCUGCAAAUAGAAAAUGUUACAAAAGUCAUCCAAACAAACGCACAAAAUCAAGAGCCCACGCUAGAGCUCGGCGUUUCGAUGGAAGCGACCGUUCACAACCUUCUUUAUUACCCAUCGACGCCUCCAACAGAAGGAGACAAAGAGAAUUCUCGUCGGGAGGAUCACUUGUAAAGAAUGACCAGGGAACUCAAUCAGAAAUAUCAAUGGCAGAUGGAACCCUUUGGUCCAUGUUUCCAUUGUGUCCUUUUGAUUGGAGUUCCUCGGACACGGCGUCAUUUCCGGAUUUUCCUCGCUGUAACAAUUUGGACAUCAACUUAUUGCUACAAGCAUUUCAAACUCAAUGGGAGCCUACCACAGAACAAGACAUGAAACAGAUGACCGAGCAUCUUGAAGAACUCAAAACAAGGAUUCAAAAAUGGUUCAAAGACAAUGAAUGAAAAGCGGUCCUUUCUUCUCCUGCAAUUGUUUCUAUCAUUUUGAGCAAGUUACAGAGAUAACGCAGCAGAUAAAAAGUUUCUUUGGGUUGAUAUUAUCUUUACUUUAUGUAUCAAUGAAUUGAUGAUCAUAAGCUAUUUGAUAUUUUGAAAGAUGUUUAUAUAUCAAUAGUGCCUGUUUAGGAGGGUAAGAGUUGAAAUUGACACCCCGGGAAAACUAUUGUCAACCGCCGCGAAGCGGAUGUUGACAAUGGUUUUCGAGGGGUGUCAAUUUCAACUCUUACCCUCCUAAACAGGCACUAUUUAUUUUAUUAUACUGAAUGUUUCAAUUUUAAAGAAAACUUUACUACUCUUAUAUAUGAAUGACGUGAAUUCUUUGGCGAACGGUUCGCGCAUAGUUUACGCUUGUAAAAAUUCGUUGUGUUACCCGUUGCUAAGGUGUUGCUUACGCUUAGGUUAUAGAACGGAUUAUCAACUGCGUCUUAACCAAUCAGAUUUCAGUAUUUAACAUGAAAGUAUAAUAAUAUGAUUUAACAACUUCUUGAUACAUUAAAAAUGUCCAUAAUAUGUUUUCGGGUUUCAAAAAAGGUCAUGUUUGUUUCAUUUGUGUUUAGAUGUGUUUACAUGGUGUUAUUUUGUUGUUGUGCAUGAAUUAUAUUUUUUAUUUUUUAUUACCUUCUUCUUAAUUUUUCAAUUCACUUUACAAAAGUAAAAAAAAUGAAAAGUAGGUUUUGAAAUAGAAGAAAUAUUGUAUUAAGUUAAAUGAUCUUUUGUUUUGUCCAUGAAUCUAUAGGUGUAUAAGAGUUCAUAGAUUAUACUUAUAAAUCAAAAUGGUUAGCUAUUGAAAUGGACGAAAAAAUGAUUAUAAUAGCAAUGUACAAUCAUGUAAAUUGAAUAUGUCUUGACAGCCAAUCUUAUUGUACACAAAAAAUAAAUAUAGUCUCAAAAAAUCAUACUUUGCUUUUUUAUUGACCUGAAGCAA